GACGGGCUGAAUCCAUACGUGACGCCAUCGCUGGGCUUCGAGUUCCACUACUUCUUCACAAGGAAGUUCUGGAUGGCCUACCGGUGCAUGGGGCUCGUCGUGGCCCCUGGCGGCCUGGGCACUUGCGACGAGCUGUUCGAGCUGUUGACCUUGAUGCAGACGGGCAAGAUAAAGAGGCCCUUGCCAGUGGUCCUGAUAGGCAAGAAGUUCUGGAAGGACUGCAUUCAGUGGGAUGCGUUCGUGAACUACGGUAUGAUAUCGGACCAGGACGCGGAUCAGUUGAAGUUUGCCGACACUGCAGAAGAAGCCAUGCAGUUCUUAGUGGAAGGCAUCGAGAGCAUGGAGGCAGCAGGGUCUGCAUCUUCUGGGUCCUGA